UUGUUCAAUAAUCGCUUUAGCAUCGGACGCGAAAAUUGCAUUUCCUUGCAAAAAUGGUCAUUCUGCUAGUCAAAAGGGGCGAUGAGAAUCAGUUUCUAUACGAAACAGACGUGAAUUACGAAGUGGACGAUGUAGUGAAGGAUAUAACGGCGAUUUUCAAUGGGAGACUCAAAGUGACCAGGUUGGGAUAUGAGAUGGAAGAGCUGCAGAAACAUGGGACUUUUCUGCCGCCUGAAAUGCAGGGUCUGAACGAGGAUCAGAUUAAAGAGCUAAAGCUGGAAGACCCUUGGGCCGAGCGCUGUGCACCGCCAGGGGCUGUGUUUGAGAAGGAUGACAUGGGCAGACGCUGCGGACUCGCCCCACCGCCCAAUAUGCAAGAAGUGAUGAAAAAAGCUGUCGAGACUGCUAAAGAGUAUAUCAGCAAGAAGCAUGUGGAUCUCCGAAAAUGUCUCACCCAGAAGGACGUGUCCAAAGCCCUAGACGAGCUCCGUGGCGCUACCAAGAUAGUCUUCCCUGCUGGUCUACCUCCCCACGACCCUGUGAGGAUGGAGCUAGACAACGUCGAAGAUCUUAGCGGAACCCAGGCUGCUUUGGAGGUCAUAGAUCCGAACAGGGCCUGCCUUUGGGCCUGUGGGAAGAAACUGCUGAGUGGGAAUAAACUGAGCGACCAUUUAGGAAAGAACAACAAAACCAAAGUGACAGUCAAGCUUUGCUCCUCCACCGAAGGUGCCCCAGGCAGGGAGCCUGUCAUGACAGAAGACGAACGAAAGCAGCUGAUGCUCCACGCUUACAGAAAGCAGGAGGAGUGGAAGAAGCUGGAGCAAGACGAUGAUGACAGCUACCUCAACUCCAAGUGGGCUGAUGGGCAGAACAUGAAGAGGCAGUUCCAUGGACUCAAUGAUAUUAACUGGAAACCAGUAAUUAGGAAGUAA